GCCGCCCCGCCUGCUGCCCCUGGCCCGCUCCCAGCCGGGUUCCCGGUCCCAGCGCAGCGCACGCCACCCCCGCCGUAGCCAUGUCCAAGCAGCCGCGGGCCGGCCGGGAGGAGAUCCUGGAGUGCCAGGUGAUGUGGGAGCCUGACAGCAAAAAGAACACGCAGAUGGACCGCUUCCGGGCGGUCGCGGGCGCCGCCAGCGGCCUGGCGCUGGAAAAUUAUGAUGACUUAUACCACUGGUCAGUUGAAUCGUAUCCAGACUUCUGGGCAGAGUUCUGGAAAUUCAGUGGAAUUGUCUUCUCACGCAUGUAUGAUGAGGUCGUGGACACAUCGAAAGGCAUCGCAGAUGUCCCCGAGUGGUUCAAAGGCAGUCGUCUAAACUACGCGGAAAACCUCCUGCGGCACAAAGAAAAUGACCGAGUUGCCCUAUACGCUGCGAGGGAAGGCAGAGAGGAAAUUGUGAAGGUGACAUUUGAAGAGUUGAGGCAACAAGUGGCUUUGUUUGCAGCAGCAAUGAGGAAAAUGGGUGUGAAACAAGGAGACCGGGUGGUCGGUUAUUUACCCAACGGCGUGCAUGCUGUGGAGGCCAUGCUGGCCGCAGCGAGCAUCGGCGCCAUCUGGAGUUCCACAUCCCCAGACUUCGGUGUGAACGGCGUCCUGGACCGCUUUUCUCAAAUCCAGCCGAAGCUCAUCUUCUCCGUGGAGGCCGUCGUGUACAACGGCAAAGAGUACAGCCACAUGGACAAGUUGCAGCAGGUGGUGAAAGGACUUCCGGACUUGAAGAAGGUGGUGCUGAUUCCUUACGUUGCCUCGAAAGAGAAGAUAGACAUUUCCAAGAUUCCAAAUAGCGUGUUCCUGGAUGAUUUUCUUGCCCCUGGGAAAGGUGCGCAGGCCCCGCAGCUGGAGUUCGAGCAGCUGCCCUUCAGCCACCCCCUCUUCAUCAUGUUCUCGUCGGGCACAACCGGGGCGCCCAAGUGCAUGGUGCAUUCCGCUGGGGGCACCCUUAUCCAGCACCUAAAGGAACAUGUCCUUCAUGGCAACACGGGCAGCGGCGACAUCUUGCUGUAUUACACCACGGUUGGCUGGAUGAUGUGGAACUGGAUGGUGUCGGCUCUUGCCACGGGGGCGGCUGUGGUCUUGUACGACGGCUCCCCGCUGGUGCCCACGCCCAACGUGCUCUGGGACCUGGUUGACAGGAUAGGCAUCACCAUCCUUGGAACGGGUGCCAAGUGGCUGGCCGUCCUUGAAGAGAAACAGUUGAAGCCAGUGGAAACCCACAGUCUCCAGACACUUCACACGAUCCUGUCCACUGGCUCCCCUCUGAAAGCCAAGAGCUAUGACUACGUCUACAAGUGCAUUAAGAGCAGCGUCCUCCUGGGCUCCAUCUCAGGGGGCACCGACAUCAUCUCUUGCUUCAUGGGCCAGAACUUUUCUGUUCCUGUCUCUAGAGGGGAAAUUCAGGCCCGGAACCUGGGCAUGGCCGUCGAAGCCUGGAACGAGGAAGGAAAGGCAGUGUGGGGGGAGAGCGGCGAGCUGGUGUGCACCAAGCCGGUCCCCUGCCAGCCCACGCACUUCUGGAACGAUGAGAACGGGAGCAAGUACAGGAAGGCCUAUUUCUCCAGAUUCCCAGGUGUCUGGGCGCACGGCGACUUCUGCAGAAUCAACCCCAAGACGGGGGGCAUCAGCAUGCUGGGCCGGAGCGAUGGCACACUCAACCCCAACGGAGUGCGAUUUGGCAGCUCAGAAAUCUAUAACAUUGUGGAGGCCUUCGAGGAGGUGGCGGACAGCCUCUGCGUCCCCCAGUACAACAAGGACGGGGAGGAGAGGGUGCUUCUCUUCCUGAAGAUGGCUUCCGGCCACUCGUUCGGGCCCGAGCUGGUGAAAAGCAUCUGUAACGCCAUCCGCGUCGGCCUGUCUGCACGGCACGUGCCCAGCCUCGUCCUGGAGACCAAGGGCAUCCCGUACACCCUCAACGGCAAGAAAGUGGAAGUGGCCGUGAAGCAGAUCAUCGCUGGAAAAGCCGUGGAGCACCGAGGGGCCUUCUCGAACCCCGAGGCCCUAGAUCUGUACCGGGACAUCCCUGAGCUGCAGGACUUCUGAGUCGGCCUGGCUUGCUCGGCACCUGCCACAUGCGUCCGUGCUGUGACUUUCGUGGGGUCGAGACGUUACUUUGGGAAGGCAAGUGUCCGCGGGCUGGGGGGAGAGUCGUGUCCGGGCCGCAGUCGCGUCUGGUGGCUUCCCUGUCUCUUCCUGGACCACGUCCUGAUCUUCAGAGGCCGAAAAGGAGCAUUUGGUUGUGUGUGUGGCGAGGCUUGGAGAGUGUGUGUCUUUGCACAAGUGUUCUUGCACGCGCCAUGCCUCGAGGAGCCGGGGGUGGCCUGUGCGUGGACAGUUGUGGCUGACAGUUGUGGCU